UUUGGCAUGUGGACAUUGGUAAGUUCUCCACAUCUGCAGCAGCCCAGCCCCUACCCCUUCCAGAACCCCAGGUGGUGCAUCUUGGGCAGAAGGCACAGGGAACACAAAGACUUUGCAGUGGGGACCUGCUGGACUGGCCUGUGGCAAGACAGCGGGGAGCCCAGUGUGGAGAGAGGGAAGGAGGAUUUAGGGUUUUGCCAUGGAUGCCAUGGCGGGGGGGACAGGCCUUAGCCUGGGUCUCAGAAGGACCCUCUGGCUGCCCAGGGUGCAGGAGAGUCCCUGCCAGGUCCGUUGAGGUGUCCUGGGAUACUCUGUCUCCAGGAAUCACCUUCCCCACCCAGAGGUCCUGUUCCUCGGAGGACAGUUGGGAGGUAGGCUUGGGAAGGCACAUUGCUGCCUAGCAUCUGAGUGGAGUUCAGGGAUAUAGCGGUCAGCUCAGAGCUGAGGUGCAUCCUAGUGUAGAGAUGGCAGAGCUCCUGGGUCUGGGACGGUCCCCAGGGAUGAGGAGGGUAAGGCGGAAGAGCCAGGGAUGGCAGGAGAGGAUCCUGCAGCUGGCUGAUGCUGCCUACCAUUUGGGAAGACAGGAGAUGAAAGAGCUCUGUCACAUCACGGCCUGGGGACAAGUAUGGACCAAAGUGCUAGGGGUAUGGAGGUUCCCUGGGUGCCGUGACAGGGGCCACAUUGCCCUAACUGCUGCGAACUCCCACAGGGAGAAGGCUCCCAAGGAAAAGGCGCGCCAGCCAGCCCUCCAUCAGCGCCGCCAGGGACCCACUGAUGAGGCACAGAUGGCAGCUGCUGCUGCCUUGGCCCGGCUGGAGCAGAAGCAGCCCAGGGCCCGAGGUCCUACAUCACAGGACUCCAUCCGGAACCAGGUGAGGAAAGAACUUGAAGCAGAAGCAACUGUCAGGGGCAGCCCCGUGGCCCCAGGGACCAAUGAGCCCAGGCUCAGACACUUUUGCCCCCAGGUUCCUGGGCCCAAAGAGGAAGAUUCUACCCAGCUGCCAGUGUCUGGUGUAUACUUCACCUGCCCACUCACGGGGGCCACCCUGCGGAGGGACCAGCGGGACACCCACAUCAAAGAGGCCAUUCUGUUGCACUUCUCCACCAACCCCGUGGCCGCCUCCAUCAUGAAGAUACACACAUUCAACAGAGACCAGGACAAGGUGAAGCUCGCCGUGGAUACUAUUGCCAAGUACCUGGACAACAUCCACUUGCACCCGGAGGAGGAGAAAUACCAGAGGAUCAAGCUGCACAACAAGGUGUUCCAGGAGCGCAUCACCUGCCUGGAAGGGACCCAGGAAUUUUUUGAGGCCAUUGGAUUCCAGAAGAUGCUGCUGCCCGUCCCGGACCAGGAAGGUGCGGAAGAGGAGUUCUACGUGCUGAGCGAGGCCGCGCGGGCACAGCCGCAGAACCUGGUGCAGCACCGGGAGCAGCUGCUGGCGGGGGAGCCCGUGCGGGCCCAGCUAGACCGACAGCUCCGCGUCUUCCGGCCCUCGCCACUGGCCUCACACUUCAACCUGCCCGGGGACUUCUUCAGCCUCACAGCGGAGGAGCUCAAGCGAGAGCAGAGGCUCCGAGCGGAUGCGGUGGAGCGGCUGAGUGUGCUGCGCACUAAAGCCAUGAGGGAGAAGGAGGAGCAGCGGGAUCUGCGCAAGUACAACUACACAGUGCUGCGCGUGCGCCUGCCAGACGGCUGCCUGCUGCAGGGGACCUUCUAUGCCCGGGAGCGGCUGUCAGCACUGUACGAGUUCAUUCGAGGGGCCCUGCAGAGCGACUGGCUGCCCUUUGAGCUGUUGGCCUCUGGUGGGCAGAAACUGGUGGAGGAUGAGAACGUGGCCUUGAACGAGUGUGGACUGGUGCCCUCGGCCCUCCUGACCUUCUCGUGGGAUGCAGCUGUGGUGGAGGACAUCAGGGCCGCAGGGGCCGAGCUGGACUCUUCCAUCCUGAAGCCGGAGCUCCUGGAGGCCAUCGAGCAGCUCUCCUGAAAUAAAGGCAGAGUUGGUUUCCACCUGGGUCUGUCUUCUGCUCUUCUGUCCCAGUCCCUCUCCCGAGCCGUGAGCCACCUCUGGAAACACCUGCCCUGGUUCGAGCCCCCAGGAGGGGAGGCACUGGCUGGUUUCGAUGCUGUAGAUCCAAGCUCACCGUCAGAGACUUGGUCGCUUAGGGGGGUUAAGGAGGCCCUGAGCCAGUGUCCCGGAGCCCUGAGGCAGACAGGUGGGCAGAGCUGUGCGGGCACAGGUCCCACAUGCUGUGGACUGAGGUGGCCUGUCCAGCACUGGAGCUGAUGACAACUGUAGGGAAGUGCUGGCCUGACAGCACAGAGAUCAGUAACUUCUAACUUAUAAACUUGAAUAAACAUUUGAAUACA